GCAUGGAUAACGUCUCCUCGGGACUGCGAGCUAUACAAAGCUCGUCAUCUUUCAACUUAGAAGUGUUGGCUCUUCCCAAAGGAGCUCUGAAAGUGGUACAACUUGUGUUGUGUUUGAUCGCAUUUGCAGUUGUGGCUGCUUUCGACGACAGUUUCGAGUUCCAGAAGAACUGUGGCAACGAUACUGUACUGAACAUGACCAAAAGGACCUUUCACUUCGGAUACCCAUUCGAUCUGAACGAGCAUGAAGUGAAGUUGCCUCUCUGUGAAACAACUACCAACUUGACCAGUACCUCUUCUCAAGUGCUGCGGGUGGCUCACAGUGACCAGGAGUCCUCCCCCAAGUUCUUUGUGUUCACCGGGGUGCUCGGAUUCAUCUACUGUAUGGUGGCAGUAGUCGCCUACGUCUUCAUCUCCCCUACGUUACAAUCGCACGAUGGAAUCGGAUUCAAAAUAGACGUGUUCGUGCACAUUUUGAUCUGCAUCUUCUGGUUUUGUGGCUCUUUCGCUCUCAUCCGGGCGAAGAACCAGAUCGAAAAGUACACCAGUCCCGCUAGAAUCUUCCUCCAGAUCGAGGAGUGUCACUCCACUACGGAAGGAGAAUUGAGCUGUACAGUGACUCAUGAUGCAGAGUACAGGGCACUCGGAUUCGCCGUGGGAAUGGGCUUUGUGAAUCUGUUUGCCUGGUCGGCCAACAUCUACUUCCUGGUCAAGGACACGCCCUGGUUUGACCUUAUUCUCCAGAGGAUGGGAAAACCGGCCUCUGCUAGUGGAUCGAAUGCUCAGCGAUAUGGGACUCACACGCCUGCAGACCACCAAACCGGGGAAUCGUCUCUGCCGGAACAACAUCAAAUACCGCCUUACAAUCCAGACUUGUAAGAAUUCGUUGGGCUGAUAUUAAUCGAUUGAAUUAGGCACAAGCUGCAGAUACCAAGAUACCCGAAACAGUUUCAGAGAACAAAAGAAGCAAUGACACCACAUGGUCGAGAAAUUUCUAUUUGGUUUUGUAAAGCUGAAAAACUGCAGAUAUUUUUGUAACUGCAUAUCUAUCGUCUUCGUGACUUAUUUAGAAAAAACUGUAGCGAUGUCUGCUGCCUGGGAUUUUUUAUUUCAAACUGACUGUUUUUUUUUGUUCUGAUUGAUCUGUGAAGUGCUUGAGGUUAUCAAAAUAACAAGAGAAUCGGAAACCGAACUAUUAUCAGCUGCAAAACCUCAAAUACAUUUGAAUUUUUGACUCAUUAUUAUGGAACCUAAAUGUAAAAGCUUAGAAAUCAUUUGAAAGAUCUUAGUUUCUUGCUUCAAAAUAUAAUUUAUUUCCGAUUCUUUUAAAAAUGAACAGCUUUGUUUUGAUUUUCAGUAUUUCUGUUAUAAAAUGAUUGGAAAUUAUCGUUAACUUACCUGUAAAGCUUAUUAUCUAACAACGCUCAUCGUCAAAUUAGAAGAAGCUUAUGCUUUGUAAUCUGCUAGCUUAGGCGUGUUCAUAGUAAUCAAUCCAUAUCGCUUUUCUAUCUCUAACUUUGUAAAGUCGCCGUAUUUUUUGUAUGAAUUUGAAAAUUACUGUACAGCAACUAGUUUUGCAUUUUUGAUGUCCAAGUUUGUUUUGAUAGCAUCGGAUUUCUCGGAGAAUUAAUUCUUUGAAGGCA